UGCUCUUGCCCUCUGUGUUGGCAGUUUUUUUUUGUUUGAACCCGUGUCCUUUAAAAGGCAUCAAAAUUUGCGUCGUAAAGAUGGACCUGUUAAAAAAGUUUAUGGGCUUAGACGGCCGGAAGGAUGAUGAUGAUGAUAACAGAAAGAAAAAAACAACACUCAAGGACGAGUUUCGCAAGCCGAUCUGGGUAGAGGAGGACGACAGCGAUGACGAGCUGUUUGAUAAUCGGAAAAUUUACGGUGUGCAAAUUUUCACCAAUCCGAUCGAAAUGCAAAAGUACUUCGAGCAGCAGAUGCAGGAGAUGUGGAAAUCGCUGGAAGAGUAUGACGAUAAUGCUAAAAUGUUCGAUCAUGAUUUGAAGCAAGAUUUUCUAAAGCCCGGCUUUGAGGAACCUGAAACUGGCAAGGAUGUAAAGCGUCAAGAUACCGAUCUGGAUGGAGAGAUUUAUGCUGAUCAACUGCACUCACUGCUGCAGCGUAUAUCCCCGGAUCUAAAGGAACUUAUGCCGAAGAAACGCACGAACAAGAAAGAAAUCAGCGAUACUACUGCAGAACGGCGCAAGCUAACAGACGAUGAGAAGGUGAUGGAUCUAAUCCACGGUAUCACCGACCAGAAACAUCUACCGGGCGGAACCGGCAUCUCCAAACCGAUGAGACGGAACAGUGGACUGCAGCAACGUUUCCCCGAAGGGGGAUUGUUUGAGGGCGCAUUCCAGGGACCGCGCAUGUUUGGCCAAAGCAUCAUUUCGCAAACGAUUCGUCGUCCGGAUGGGUCGUAUGAAACACGCCGCACGGUGCGUGAUUCUCAAGGUAACACCCAAACAACCGUCACCUUGUCCACGAAAGAUGGGCAAAAGGAAACGGUCACCACGUACGAUGAGGCUGGGAAAAAGAUGGGAUCCGGUGAGGAAACAUUUGGCAUGAAAAAGGACGGUGGAGGUGGAGAACUGGAGGGACACGAUAUGCCAACCGGUGCACUGUUAGCGCUGGAUGGCAAGUUUGGGCUGAACUACAAUGGUUACGUGCUGCCGAAGAACCUCUGGUGACUUCACGCGUCGCAAACCGAUCGUAAUGAUGCGCUGCUCUGCUGGGAACCGACUGCAGGAGAAUGGAGUUUACGGUCAAGCAGCAGCGAAUCGUACAUUUAUCCCUAUUCUGAGUGUAGUAGCAAUGGCAACAUAUAUUGUCAUAGAAUUAGUACCAGUUCCAUUCGUGAUCGUCACGUAAUGACCCAUAAUUGUGCCGACUGUUGCCACGAUCUCUUUUCCCAUCUCUACCUGUAUCAGUGUAAGACGCUAAGAACGAUCCAUGAUCGUUCGAUCAUCGUGCGCACCGA